UGUCGGUCAAAGCGCAACUGGGUCGGUGGCUUCAAGCAGGGAGAGAGUUAGGACGAUGUUUACCGGAGACGGCGGAUGAUAUUAACUUUGACAAGUUCUUGAGCAUCCUGUGAAGUCAUCAGAGUGAAAUGUAAGCACAACAACCGACAUCUGCAACCUACCUUGAGAUACUGAUGGAUCAGAUGAUGACGGAGGAACCGGACGAGAUGCUGGCCGAGGACCCUCUGAUGGCCCUCAGCCAGGACGUGCUCGUGGUCCUCAUACUGAUGGGAAUAACAGCUCUCGUCGGACUGAUCGGUAACCUGAUCUUUGUACGGGCGCUAUGCAUGUACCGGAACCUUCGCGUGGACGUCUUCGUCAUCAUGGGUGGGUUAGCGGUAGCGGACAUGCUUCAUCUGGUUAUUGCCGUGCCUUCUCAUAUGAUGGAUAUUCUGCGCGUCGUCGGCGUCAUGUCAACCCCGUGGUGUAAAUGCAGCCGCUACCUCAUGAACGGCACUGCCUACAUAGCAUCUUACCAUGUUGUUGUCAUGACCGUUCUCAGAGGGAUCCUGCUGACCAACAGGGGUCACUCCUCGCCGACUGGACGUCAUGCCUUGUAUUGCAGUAUUGUGGUGUGGGUGGUGGGAGCCCUAGCGACGGUUCCAGUCAUCCAAGUGUGGGAACAUGACAUUGACGCUUGUCUGUACACGACGGACGCCGACAUCGACAAGGAGAUCUGGCUGACGAGUUCCUUCUCCUGCUUUGUCCCAAUUACUAUGAUGUUGUUGAUAUACGCUACGACGUACUACAUUGGGAAGCGCUACUUCGCAGAUAGUUAUUCUCGACAUGAAAAACAGAUGUCCAGACUGGUUUCAGCAGUGGUCCUGAGUUUCAUCAUCUGUGAACUCCCCCACCACGUCACCACCCUCGUGUACAACAGUGCGUACGACCACCCUGAUCAGGACUAUAUUAAAAACCUUUCGGUUAUCAAUGACUACCUGUUGUGUCUGCUUCUAGUGGAUAAAGCUAUCCGGCCAGUGCUGUACUCUAAGCUGUCGACGGACCUUGGUGACUGUUUUGACGAGGUCAUCAACUGCACCUACUGCCACAGAUACUACUCCGACGGCCCACGACGACAGAAAUCGGACAAGUCUGCAGCCUCUACCGCCCCCCUCACCACAGAACAGCCAGCAGACGUAUCCUGUGAAGAAGUCGUAUAAGAUGGCGUUAAGGAGUCGAGUUGUUGCUGUCACGUCAUCGACACGUCCAAACUCUGGCUACGAUGUUAAAAGUGGUACGUUCAACUUCGGAUAUAACGAAUCCGAAUUUCACGAACUAGUGGUUAUCCGAGAAGGAAAACAACGCCAUUAUCGAUCUUGGCCAUUACUAAAUGAACUGGAGGGUUCACGGAUUCUAAUGUCUAGAGUUGAUUGGUCAUCUGCUUGUAUUUUUCUCGACUUGGCAGCUUUUGACAUGCGCAGUUAUUGACCUGCGCAGCUUUUGACACGCGCAGCUAUUGACAUUGGCAGCUGUUGUUGGAUGCCAGCGCCGACCUAUCCGGGACCCAGUAUCAGUCUUCUAAAUGCGGCGAUUGCUUAUGAUAGUCCUGUAUGGACUCCAGAUCCUUACAACCAAAUGGACGAAUACAUUAACUAUGAUCCAAGCCUACACGUGUUUUAUUAAGCUUUAGUGAGUGUGCCAGUUUUACCUGCUAUACGGCAAACGUUGUGUGAACUGAAACCCGGUUGAGAUUCCUGAGCAGAAAGCUUCUGUACAGAACUAUGAAAGUCUAGCUCUCGUGUCAUGACUUUGUGCUCUGUGUUCGUAUGUGUGCAUGUUCGUGAAUUACUACAGAACUUCCAGUUUAUAUAUCCUGUAAAAGUGCCAGUGAAUCAUGUGUCUGGCGCCUUUAUAUCUGUUCUGCAACAGUGACGUCAUAGUGACGCCAUUUGCCUGUGACGUCAAUGUGUAUUCUACAGGGAUGUUAUUUCACAGGUGCUGUAUUGUCUUAAAGAGGGUAUGUUUUCUCUCAGAUGCGUUUCCGCAGUGACAUUAUCACAGACAGUAUUGCAUAAUUAUAUUAUAUAUUAUUAUGAUGUUGGUUAUUAUUUCAAUGUGUUCGCCUUUAAGCUUUGGAGACUAUAUGUCUUCAACAUUUACCUCAAGUGAUUAUGUUAAAAUAUUUCAGUGUCAUAGAUAAAUCGUUUUUGUUAGUAUAGGCUGUGUCCACGUGUCCACAACUGCAUUCAGAUAGGUCCUCUUGGAAAAACUUUGAAUCUAUAGUUCCUUGAGUCAUUAUGCAACAAUAAGAUAUCAUAAUGUGCCUUUUAUCGGAAUUAGAAAAUUCAUAUCAGGGAAAAGUCGUUUGAGGAUAUCAUGAUAUCCACAUAUUAUGAUCAUUAAGGAUCGUAUCAGAUUACCCUUGAGUAAACUACUGAUUUGUCAAUACUGUUAUACAACAACUAUCAACAAUGGACAGUAUUUCACUUGCCAAUUGCCUCAUAUCACAUUGUUGGUGGAUGUCAAUUAAUUAACGUCUAUUGUGUCACACUUUUGCUGAACCCAAAGAAUAUGAUAAUAUAUUACUCACCAUUUGAUAAGGACAUUUUGAUCUUUACUUUAUAAACAAAAAUAAUUUUCAUAAAGUGUCAAGUGUAUAUUUCAAUAGAAUGACAUAUGUGAUGAUCCCUACCAAAUGUCGGGUAGUAUAUGGUCGUACCUUACACUGACUGCUUCUUAUAUCCUUACAAGUUUGGUAGAACACUGGUUCCAGUGUUUGGUCUCCUCGCCAAGUCCGGGUUCGAUUCUCAGGCAUCAGUGUGUGAAAUCUUACCCUGGGUGUAUUCAGUAAAGGUUAGCAAUUGUUUCGUCUGUGUAGACAGUGUUUUCAAUGUUCAGGGCAUGGUAUGUAUCAGAGAAUUUGAUCAGGAUGAGAUUCGUUCAGAUUUUUCUCUGAAUCGGUGACAUCAGCGGUUUGUUGUAUGCCAUACUUCUUUAACACGUCUCAUUAGGCCACACGUGUCGAUUUAUCAUUUUUGUGAUAUCCACGUUUUCACCACCCGAAAUAACACAUUUUUAUAUGUGUUUUGCCACCCCCAAUAACACGUGUUGUCACCUGUUUGCCACCCCCAAGAACACAUGUUCUCACCUGCGUUUUGCCACCCCAAAUAACCUAUUUUCACUUGAGUUUUGCCACCCCAAGUAACCUUGAUACCUCUUUGUGAUUUUUUAACAUCCUCUGGGUAUUUUCGUUUUAUAUACUAAUACACUAUGAGCGUACCGAAGUCUAAAAUUGUUUAUUAAAAACCUUACCCAUGACAUGAAGGACUCGUUUAAAUUUGUAACUUUUUUAAGAUUUCCAAAUUGAAUUAGUUGUUCAUGGCGUGGCAAACAGAAUGAACCAAAUGAACAUAGUGUUGAGGUUUUCAUGAAAGAAAAAUCGUAUUCAAUGAAAAAUAUGCUUACAUGUGUUCAGGCAUAAUAUUGACACAUUGGAUUGGUUGACUUUAAAAAUUCCAGCAACAUGAUUGGCUGAGUACAUCGGCUGUGGCACGCCACCGUGUGCUGUAACCUUAAGUUACAUAAUGUUCUGUAACGUACCACCAUAUGUAUGUCAAUGGUCAUUUUUGUUGUACUACAUUUUAAAUAUUGGAACCUUGUGUCGUAGCCACCUCAUUGCAAUCGUCAAUAUUAGCGGAUUUCUGGUUUAUUAACGGGAUACUAUUUGUCCCGAAAGGAGGUUUGCGUUGUACUCAACUGUAACCAAACCAAACAGGAAACAGAUCCAAUGCAAUAUCAUCAUCAGUUUGUUCACUCAAAACAAAACUUCCAAUAAUACGCUAACGAAUCAUCAUUAAAGGCCGACUGUAGAAUAGUCGGGGGAGGGCAGAUAGAUUCUUUCCAAAAUGGAGGAGACAUACUGUAUGACAUGUGGUCCGAUUUUCUUGGCCGUUCAGAGAAGCAAUUCGUUCAUUGGUUCGGCGCCAUGAAUGAACUUUUCUGCAGGUGACCUUUCCUACCUCUACCACCCACACACCCCAACACCCACACACCAACACACCCCAACACCCACCAUACCCUCAUGACUGGUCCCUCAUUUGCCAAAAUCACGGAAUGGGUAUUCGCUAUUCAUCUUUGACCUUGAAGUAUUCAUCUGUUAACUUUUCAGCUUGUUCAAUGUUUGUGAUACGGGGAACGUAAUUCCUACACUCUGUUAAAUAUAUUAUUUUCUUGUUGUGAAAAACCCUUUGUUUGAAUACUAGAGAGGCAUAAUUUGUCUUAUUAGGAUAAGAUUGAACUGUACACCAAAGCAUGCUGAUAGAACAAUAUGCAAUAGUUCGAUUAGACCCAUUUUUCCUUUCAUCGUCAGCAUUUGGAUAUAUUCCAAAACCAUGUAUACAUUGCAUUGUUUACCUAUUCGAAGAAAAUGCAAUGCUAGUAAUCCUGAAAAAGCAACUGUUGCCGUUGUGGCAUAUAGGGUGCUUCGGUACGCCAUUGCCCGAUGCUGAUCAGUUAACUUUGAAUUUUUGAAACUAUUAAUUUGAUGUGUGCAUAAUAUCCUUGGGUUCUUAUAUACACAUAUUUGGUGAUUGCUCUGUUAUUUCCAGGAGCUAACGGGUAGAUUUUGUGAGAAGACACAAAAUAUGCCUCUCUGCAUCCUCAUUUAUCAAGGUACAUAGUCAUAGUGCUGAAUACCCCUGAUAAAGGAGGAUGAUGUCACAGGUACAUAUUAUACAUGUAUGUUGUUCAUUUUGUUUUUUGCUGAAAGAUUUAUAUGUGCUUUAAAUUGUACAUAGAAUAUGACUUGGAAAAAUGGCAGUAAAUUUCAAGAGAUGAUGCCGAGGCAUUCAGGAAGAUUUUAAUGGAAUGACGGUAUUGUGUCUUGCUCAACACUGUCCAGCUGUGGAAAUAUCGCUCAUUAAAACAUUUUUUAAAUUAA